UCUCUCUAUCUCUCUAAACUCUGCAAAAGCUUUUGAAACUUGGGUAUAAUUUCAUCUGCUAUCUCUUGAUCUUUCUGCAUCUAGAGCUGUAAAACACGCACCAACGUAAUGGGAUCGCCGGAUUCUGGUUAUGCUUCGUCCAAUGAAGGGGCUCAUCCGACGAAAUCUUCGCCUCACAAGCCACAACCACUUCCUCCUUCAGACUGCACUGAGACUACAUAUCUGAGAUUUCUUGCGUCAAAUGCUGAAGCUGGUUCAAUUAUUGGGAAGGGUGGAACAACAAUUUCUGAUUUCCAAUCACGAUCUAAUGCACGAAUUCAGUUGUCGCGCAAUUAUGAGUAUUUUCCAGGAACAUCUGAUAGGGUUAUUAUGGUGUCUGGAACAAUUGAUGAAGUUCUCGAGGCUGUUGAACUUAUCCUAACUAAGUUGUUUACUGAGUUUUAUACUGAAGAAGGUGAGGAGGGUGAGCCAAGAUCAAAGGUUAGACUAAUUGUACCCAAUAGCUCUUGUGGUGGAAUCAUCGGGAAGGGGGGAUCCAUGAUAAGGUCCUUCAUUGAGGAUUCUCAAGCUAACAUUAAGAUCUCCCCUCAGGAUAACAACUAUGUUGGAUUAAAUGAUAGGCUGGUUACGGCAAUUGGCACCUUACAACAACUGGUGCAAGCUAUUAACCUCAUUCUAUUGAAAUUGUCUGAAGAUCUAUACUAUGUACAGUCCAUUGGCCCCCCAUUUCCAUAUCCUGCACCGUACAAUGCCCCCAACUACGGACCUCGUGGGGUUGGUGGAAAGUUUCAGAAUAACAAGGAAGAUAUGAGUAACUCAGUGACUCUGGGUGUUGCAGACGAGCAUAUAGGGAUUGUUGUUGGUCGUGGUGGUAGGAAUAUCAUGGAGAUUAGUCAGAUUAGUGGAGCUAGGAUCAAGAUUUCUGAAAGAGGUGAUUUCAUAUCUGGGACUUGUGACAGGAAAAUAAGCAUCACAGGAUCAGGAAGGGCAAUCCGAGUGGCGGAGGCGAUGAUAAUGCACAAGGUUGCUUCGGCUUCAGCAGCUCCGCCUCCCUCCGACCUAACACCCGACCAUCUUUCUGUUGAAAAUCUAUCACUCAACAACCAAUAAUUCGCUGUUCUUUUUUUUCUUUUCGAUCGUUAAUUCCCUUGAUACCAUAACAUGCCAUAUAUGAUGGAGAAACAAACAGAAAGAGAUGCAUAAAAACACAAGAGUUUGGAAUGAAGAUAGGUUUGGUUUUGUUGUAAGGAAGGCAGGAAGGAGGUUUAAUUUUAUUUCCAGUUUUUUGUGUUAUUAUGCC